GACUCCAAAAGGUUACUGUGUGAGGCUGCUCCCUCAGAUUGCACCACAAUGAAGGAACUGCUGAUUUCUCUGAUUGUUGUGGCCUGGCUGUGCGGAACUGCUGUUGUCAAUCAGACACAAGACAAUGAAAAUGUAAAAGUCAAGAAAACCAAGACCAAUGCCAUUAAGGAGGAGAAAGGAGUUUUGGUCCUAAAGAAAAGCAACUUUGAGCAGGCACUUAAACAGCACAAGCAGCUCUUGGUCAAUUUCCAUGCUCCGUUCUCUGGAGAGUCCCAGAGCUUGUCAAUAGAGUUCACCAAGGCAGCAGAACAGCUCAAAGCAGAAUCCUUCAAAGUACACCUGGGAGUGAUUGAUGUGUCCAGUGAGAAGGAUUUAGCCAAAGAGCUUAAUGUUACAGCAUUUCCGUCCCUGAGGCUUUACAUUUCAGGUGACAAACAGAACCCCGUUAUCUGUCCAGUUGUGAAAACGGCCUCUUCCAUUAUCACCUGGCUAAAGCGGAGAAGUGGUCGCAGUGCACAGCUGAUCAAAAAUCUCGCCCAAGCAGAGAUCUUUAUCACUGUUGAGGAUGUGGUGGUUCUGGGCUUUUAUGAGGAUCUUGAAAAGGGUGGUGUGGAAGCAUUUUAUGCUGCAGCAGCAGAUAUGCCUGAUCUACCAUUUGGAGUGACUAAAAAUAAAGAAGUGUUUUUGAAAUAUGAAAUUACAAAGGAUACAGUGGUGUUGUUUAAAGCGUCUAAAAAGUCAGAGGUAUAUGAGGUAUCCAGUGAAGUGUCAAAGACGGAUCUGAUACAGUUCAUCAGAGUGCAUGAAAUGGAUCUGGUGACAGAAUACAAUGCGAUGACAUCAGCAAAAAUAUUGAGCUCUGUGAUCACCAACCAUCUCAUAUUGUUUGAUAAUAAAAGUGAAGAAAACUUCGGAAAAAACUAUGAAGCCUUCAAAAAUUCUGCAGCCGCAUUCAUAGGCAAGGUUUUAUUCGUGCUCAUUGAUACAGAUGAGCCCAGAAAUGGUCGGAUUCUAGAGUAUUUCCGAGUGCGUGCGGUGGAAACCCCCUCAGUGCGAAUGGUGAAUCUGACUGAUAACAUCCAGUACCAAAUGCAGUCAGAGAUCACAUUGGACAAAAUGACGGCCUUCUGCCAGAAAUAUCUUGAUGGAAAAGCAAAGCCCAAGUUGCAAAGUGAACCAAUUCCUAAAGACUGGGAUAAGCACCCAGUGAAGGAGCUUGUGGGGUCUAACUUUGAAAAAGUGGGCUUCAAUGAGGAAAGGAAUGUUUUCAUCAUGUUUUAUGCUCCCUGGAGCAAGGAAUGCCAAGCAUUAUUUCAGCUGUGGGAGAAGCUUGGGAAGGUGUAUGAGAAACAUGAGAGUGUGGUGAUUGCCAGAAUAGAUGCCACAGCAAACGACAUAAACAUUCUCCUACAGCAACGCUAUCCCACCCUCAUGUUCUUCCCAGCGGUGUACUCUGAGAAGGCAAUUCCUUACUUUGGAGAAAGAACAUUAGAAGCACUGGUGGAGUUUGUAGAGAAUCAGGUUGAGUUAGCCAAAGAAGAAAAGGCUAAGGAGGAAGAGGAGAGGAAAAAAUAUAUUGAGGCUCAAAAACUAAUGGAAAACACAAAAGAGGAACUGUGAUUUUUUAUUGGUGAAGCUAAGAUUAGUCACAUUUUGACUGAAAACUGCAGACCUGCUUUAGGAAUGCAAUGAAAAAAUGGCUUCAGUAAUGGAAUGUUUUUUUUAAGGUGUGCUGCAAGCUUUCUGCUAGAACUGGUCUUGCUAACAUGCAUUGAGUCCUGUCACAUGGUGCAUACCUACCUAAAAUAACAUCACCACAUCAUUUCUGUCUAUUACCUUAUUACUUAACACCUGCUCAGCUAUCUCCCACAAUAGUUUGGGCAGAGGACUUCAAUCACUUUGUUUUGCAAGUUUUACGGUUUGUCUUAAUGAGCCAUUGGAUUUGAGCACUGAUCAUAAAUAUCAAAGCUGACUUACAGCCCAGCCGAACACCCAACACUACAAUAUCUUCAAAAUUAUAAUUUAGCAACAAAACCCAUCAGUUUCACAAUUUAUUAAGGCCCUUGCAAGGUAUUUAUUUUGUUUAUUGAGUUUUUUCAAAAAUGUAAUCAAUUGAAAUAUUAAUGGCAGAAAAACAUUGCUCUAACAAUUGACUGUGAUUUCUGAAUUCAAACAUGAUAAAUAAAUAGUAGAACUGGAUAAAAAUA